AUGGCUUCUUGCUCCCAGCCACUGCUGUCACUGCUGGAGAGGUGCUCUGGCAUGAGAGAGCUGAAGGCUGUCCACGCCCAGGCCAUCGUGCUCGGCCUCGCCCGCUACGCCUACAUCGCGGCUCGCAUCCUCGCCUUCUGCGCUAUCUCCCCCAGGGGGAGCUUCAGCUACGCACGGCAACUGUUCGAUAGAAUCCCCCUUGCCACCGUCUUCCACUGGAACACGAUGAUCCGGGGUUGCUCCAUGAGCCGCCGCCCCGAGGAGGGCCUGCUCUUCUACGCCAUGAUGCGGCGGCGGGGGGUCGACCCCAACAUGCACACCUUCCCCUUCACCCUCAAGGCCUGCAUCCGCUCGUUCUACCUGCAACAGGUGCACGGGCAGCUUCUCAAGUUUGGUUUCCAUGGCGAUGUCUACGUGGUGAGCUCCAUGGUCAAGGCUUACGCCGACUGUGGGAACAUGAAGCUUGCCUUCCAGGUGUUUGAUCUUAGUCCCAAUAAGAACGUCGUGUGCUGGACCAGUCUCAUCUCCGGGUGCUGCGCCCAGGGCGACGUGGCCCGUGCGAGGCUUCUGUUUGACGAGAUGCCCGAGAAGAACGACUCCUCCUGGAGCGCCAUUAUCAAGGGUCACGUCCAGAAUGAGCUCCACGCUGAGGCGAUUGAGCUGUUCCGCACCAUGAAAGCUUCCGCAGAGGUGAAGCCCAACGGCUCUGUUCUCGUGAGCGUGUUGGUCGCGUGCUCUGCUCUGGGCGCCUUCGCCGAGGGGGAAUGGGUGGAGUCGUAUAUAGAUAGGGAAGGCUUGGACUGUGGCCUGGAGCUGGGGACAGCCCUGAUCGAUUUCUAUACCAAAUGCGGCCGAUUGGAGGACGCCAGGAGGGUGUUCGUCAGAAUGAUCAAAAGAGAUGUGACGGCAUGGAGUGCCAUGAUCAUGGGUCUUGCUGUGAACGGACGUAGCCGCUCGGCGCUUGACGUCUUCUCUGAGAUGCUGCUGCACGGGGUUGCGCCGAACGCCGUCACGUUCAUCGGCAUCCUCUGCGCCUGCAACCAUGCCGGCCUGGUGGAGGAAGGUCGGGCGAACUUUAAAGCUAUGAGCGAGGUCUAUAGGAUCUCUCCCACCGUCGAGCACUACAGCUGCAUGGUGGAUCUGCUAGCGCGAGCGGGAGAUUUGGUCGGCGCGGCAGAGCUGAUCGGGCAAAUGCCAAUGGAGCCCGACGGCGCCAUCUGGGGAUCCCUACUCCGCGGGUGCGUCUCACAUGGCUGCGCGGGGCUGGGAGUAGGCGUGGGCCGGCGGGUCAUCGAGCUGGACCCUCGCCACGGCGGGCGGUACGUCGGCCUGGCGAACGCGUACGCCGCCGCGGGCCGGUGGGACGGCGUGGCGAAGGUGAGGAGGAUAAUGAAGGAGCGGGGCGUGGCGACAGAUUCCGGCUGGAGCUCCAUCGAGGUGGGCGGCGCCGCCCACCGGUUCCUGGUAGAUGACCGGCGACAUCCUCACUGGCCGGCGAUUCACGCCAUGCUCCAUGAACUGAACAAGGAGUUGGAUCCUUCGAGCUGA